UGAAUUUGAAAAAGUGGGGCCCCAGCAAGGGUUUUGGGAGGGAGACGGAAUGUUUAGUUUCCUCCAUUUCAACGGCCAUUUCUUUGCUUCAGUCUCCUUGUCCACCAUUUCCACUCCUCCAAAAUUUCUUGAGACAAGUAGUAGAAUAUCAUUUCCAUAAAAGAGAAGAGAUAAAAUGGUGGUGGGGAAGAAAUCAGCGUACGAGGAGACUAGGCAGAAGCGGCUGGAAGAGAACAAGAAAAGAAUGGAGGAACUCAAUCUCAACAAGCUUGCCCACGCUCUCCACACUCCCAAGCCUUCUCCAAUGAAGAAGGUAAAGCCGAAGCUGCCGUUGGAUCUCUCUUCGGUCCGGCGAUCUAGCCGCGUUGCAGUUAUGCCUCCCCGGAGCUACAAGGAAGUUGCUGUUGUUGAAGCAAUGGGGAAGCCAAGGAGCUACCAAAGAAGGGAUUUGCUAAACAGAGUGUAUGCCGGGGACGAAGAGAGGCAGUAUGCUAUACAAAGGGCCGAGGAUCUUCAAUCAAGUUUAGACCAAGAUAUCCCCACCUUUGUAAAGCCCAUGCUUCAAUCUCAUGUUACUGGUGGCUUCUGGCUGGGCCUCCCGAAACAUUUUAGCACGACGCACCUUCCAAGCCGUGAUGCAGCCAUCAAUCUAGUUGAUGAGAAUGAUCAAGUGUCUGAGACCAAGUACCUUGCUCUCAAAACGGGGCUCAGCGGUGGAUGGAGAGGUUUUGCUAUCGACCAUGAAUUAGUCGAUGGAGAUGCUCUUGUUUUCCAGUUAAUUGACCCAACCACUUUCAAGGUUUACAUCAUAAGGGUAAACGAACCGGGAGAUAGCAGCAACUAACCACCGACGCAGAUCUGAUGGUGUUUUUUUGUCAGUUCCUCCAAUUUGCUCUUGCUGACAAGGGGCGCAAGUUCAAUCUUCAUGAGCUUCUAGAAUGUUACAUCGCCAAAAUACUCGUGCAUAUUUUGGAGAGAGAAGCUGUUUUUGUUGUUUGUAGCUUGGAACUGAUUAGUUUGGAUGUUGCUACAUAUUCAGCAUGAAUAUAAUUUAUACAAAAAUUCAUGUAUCAGGAUGCUGACUUAAAGAGUGAAUUGGUUCAAAUGAAACA